AUGAGAGUGGUAAUAAUAUUGUCAGUGGUGGCGGCAAUUGCUGCAGAAGCACCUUACCACCUCCCACAACCGGGGCCCCAAGCGCCAUCUUUUAAUUUACCAGCGCCACAACCAGCACCCGCCUUCAUAAGACCGCAACCCCAGCCAGCCCCGCAGUUUAUUCAGCAAGCGCAAUCAAACAAUGGUUACCACUAUCAACAGCCAAAUAUAGCACCGGUUUUCGUUCAACAGCAGCCGGCCCCAAGACCAGUAUAUGUGCAACAACCUCAACUAUUACCCCAACCUGCCCCUCAACCUAUUUUCAUAUCGCAACCUCAGCCGCAGCCGCAGCCACAGCCCCAAACAUCGUAUGGAGUGCCACAAUCACCGCAAAUCUAUAACCCACCUCAGCAAAUAUACCAACAACCACAACCGAUAGCUCAUCAACCACUCCCAAUCGUACCACAGCCACAGCCCUCUUACCCACAGCCUCUUCCAAGCUACCAACAACCAAUUUCUUAUCCACAACCCUCAUACCAACAGCCCCAACCGGCUCCUCAGCCACUGCCGUCCUAUAGCUACCCACAACCACAACAGCAACCGAUAGCACCGCAGCCAAUCCAGCCUUUGCCUCAACCUCUCCCAAUAAUAUCCCAGCCUCAGCCUCAGCCACAGCCACAGCCACAAUCGGGGUACUCUUACCAACAACCAUCUGCCCCCGCUCCCAUUCUUUCCCUACAAUCACACUCCAGUCAAUCUGCUUUGUCAAGCUACCAAGCGGAUUCGAACCAAUAUAACAACGCGCCAGUAUCCCAGAACAGUGCACCGGUAAACAGUUAUCAAGCUGAUCUAUCCCAGUACAAUAGCCCACAGCAGCAACAAACACACAGAGAAGCCCUCGACGACCAUGUGGUUAACCAAGUCCAAAAUAUAAUUAGGGAUAAUGAACAUUCAACGGCAAGGGACAAGGGUUAUUUGUCACUGGUAUCAGGAGUCAGUCUAGAAAAUGCCCAACCUAGCAUAGAAAUCUCAUCCUUUGUACAAAACUCUCGUUUGCAAUCUUCAACUUCAUCUUCAUCCGGAUCUAGUCAGGGUUCAUCAUCUCAGCUCAUUUCAUCUCCCUCAGGCCCAUCGUCUGAUUAUGGAUUACCAUCAGUGAGUCAGUCGAGCAGCUCUGGAAGUAGUUUUGGGUUCUUACCACAAAACAAACCAGCUACUUCCUACGGGGUACCUAACUGAUAAUAAGUUAUCUAUUAA